AUGGACGUGGGAGGCUUUUUCGUGGCUGUACUUGCUGCUCUGUUCAAUGGAACCUUCGGGAUCUUCUCAAAAAUCAAACGGGUGCAGGAUGCGGAGGUGUCACCGCCCAUCUUCAACUUCUGGACAUGUAUCGGAAUUAUCAUCUCUUCCUUGCCUUUCCUGUUCGUCCACCAGGUGUUCACGCCUCUGGGGAUCCUGUCAGGCGUGUUUUUUGUCAUCUCGAUGGCCUGCACUAUAUUUGCCAUUCAAUUUCUGGGACUGUCAACUGCUGCCGGGCUCUGGAGUGGAACAGCAGGACUGGUGCUCGCACCGAUGGAUUUCGCUUCAGAGGAGGCCAAAGGCCUUGCGUACAUCCCUUCCAUGGGCGUUGGAGUGCUGGUAGCAGCCCCUCUGCUGACGCUGGCCUUCAUCGCUCUGGGCCAAGCACCCUUCCAGCUGAAUGCCAGGGCUGCUGCCCUCCCAGGCAUUCUCGCCGGUAUCAUUUGGAAUGCUGGGAAUGCGUGCUCCAUUGUGGCCACACAAAAUCCAAAUGUCGGCCUUUCCAUAGCUUACCCCAUCAUGCAGGCGGGCCUGCUGUUUGCCGGUCUCUGGGGAAUCAUCCUUUUCAAGGAGUUGAACGGCCGAGAGCAGAUUGGGUACUGGUUGUCCUCCAUUGUCCUGAUCGCUGGAGUCAGUAUGCUGGCCUCAUCAAAGUGA